ACAAGGUACCAGGCAGUUACUGCGUUACCUGCUAAUAUUUCAUUUCAAGAUAUGAAUUUUAUUACUUUAUGAAGUUCAUUUUGAUUCCAAUUCAUCUUAACGAAUCAAUUAUCUCUUUGUAUCAAUUCGCCACACGUAUCCAUAUUCGUUUGAUAUAUUCCUCUUUUUUUCUUUCUUCUUGACUUGUUUUCCUUCCCUGAAACCAUAGAUUGAAUUUUAUAAUUUUUAAGAAAGAUUGGUUUCCCUUGAUAACGUGUCACCAAAAUUUAUAUUAUUCUUUCUGUAUUUUGUAUUUUCACUAUAACUACUUAAUGAAGCUUUACAUACUGGUAAAGUUUCCAAAACAUGGAACAUCCUGUAUUAUACAGAAGAUAGGUACUCGAGUUGACUCAAUUGCUGCAUAAAUGAUACCAAGGGCGACAGUUUUCUGCCGAGUAAUUUUAGUACUUUAUUUUUCUUACUUUCCGUCUUGCCAGAAGAGGCACAUACGAUAAAAUAAAUACAAUAAGAAUUGCUCGAACAUUUGCUUUAUUUUACAGCGCCGAUUCUCGAAUCUAUACUUUCGCAUUUAAAGGGAACUGUGAAUUUAAAGAGUGGAAAGUUUGUGAAGUUAUGCCUACAUAAAAGAUCACUUAGGUAUAUUUAAUAGGCGGAUAAAAGAAGACACGCUUGGAAAAAUCGCGUCAGAUUUUAAUAUCUUCGCAGGAAGCUUUCCGAAGAUAGUAAAUCAUCUGAAACGAAAUGGAACUGCAGAAAACCGUCUAAGAUCACGCCCACGGAGAAUUAUGGUGCGAUAGGAUCGCAUGAUACGAGAGCAAAGAGGUGGUAAAAAAUUGUUUAAUCUCUUGUACAUAAUUGAAACCUGAAUUCCGUCCUUUUACCCAAGAGAUAUAAAUUUGUAUGCGAGUAAAAGAGAUAGGAUAUCACCAGGCUGACAAUGAGCACUAAAAAGACAGUCAUUUACAGCAAACCGAGUGAUUCUGAGAAGGACGAUUAAACAAAUUCAGCGAUUAAAGAUAUUUAGAGUACACGGUAGGAAUUAAACAAAUCCAACAAUUAGUUCUACAUAUAUCUUCCCGCACAAGUGCAUUUUAUACAUUUUUGCAUCUUUAAAUUUUUCAUAAAUGUUUUCGACGGGAAAGAACAAUUUUUUCAAAAAUGUCACUUUUAUUCUACAAAAUUCAUAAAUUUUUAGCCAAUGAAAAACGUGGGCAGAGGUUUUUAGAUCAUCGUGAUUAGUGCAACCGUUAAGCACCGAAGUGGAUCUGUGCUAAUACCUGGAUGCUUUUCGUUAAUUACGGCAGACGAUUUACAAUUUAUAGAAUAUCAACACGGACUGAGAUAUGAAAACAUUACUACGAGAAAAUGUAAAACAGCCGGCUGAGAAAAAAGAAUGAACCCCUGGGAUUCAUUUAUUUUCUAACGAAACAAUUAUCUCACGCAUAAACGUAAAAUUACAAGGAAAUUUUUCGACAGAAAGAAUUAUCGUCGCUGUAAGCACAAAAUCCCGACCACAACUGGUUCGAGCAUUUAUAGCACUUGGAUUAAAACAUUGCCGAGCGCUGUAAAAUCAAUAAACCCUUAUUUACUAAAGAAUAUUAUCAAACGAACCAGCCGAAAUAAAUAAACAUGUAAUAAAUAAAUUAGUUAAGAAAUAUGCCGAGAUGACCGGGGCAAAAGCAAACAGAUUUGAAGAUUUCAUAAAAAUUUUUCAACUCGUUAAUAAUUCGCUACUUACAUACAUAAAAAUGCAAAGGUAUAAACGGAAUUAUUUCCAACUCUAUGAUAUAUUUUCACAUGAGUGUACAUUUUUUAAAUCUAUUUACAUAAGCGAUGUGUGACUUGUAUAUUUUUGAUAUACGGUAGCAUACAAUUCAAUAAGCAGCUUUUGUUAUAUUUAUCUUUAAAAAGUGGCAGGUUCCAUCGGUCAAUCACCAUGCGGUGCAGUGAAAGAAGAAAAAGGAAUGCAACGUUUGGAGGCUAUGUUGUACGUUCUCGAUGAAAUAAAUUCAAACGAUGAGUUAUUGCCAAAUACCACGUUAGGCGCGCUUAUUCUCGACUCCUGCAGCAGUGAUACAUAUGCACUUGAUCAGAGUAUGGAAUUCGUCAGAUCUUAUAUGAAUCAAGAUAUAUCGGAAUACAAAUGUGAAAAUGACAAACCACCGAUGUAUGUGCCCCAUAAACCUGUCACGGGUGUUAUAGGAGCUUCGUUUAGCGUAGUCUCCAUUAUGGUAGCCAAUAUUCUGCGAUUAUUCAAGAUACCACAGAUAAGCUACGCAUCAACGAGCACAGAAUUGUCGGAUAAAAGUCGCUUCGAAUAUUUUAGUAGGGUAGUGCCGCCAGAUAAUUUUCAAGCUCAAGCCAUGGUGGAAAUCAUUCAUCAACUUGGUUGGAAAUACGUAUCUACGGUUGCAGUUGAAGGUGAUUACGGAGAGAAGGGUAUUGCCAGUUUUACCUCACUGUCGACGGAGUAUAGUAUCUGCGUAGCAGUCAGCGAGAAGAUUUUGAGAAAUGCGAAAGCCGAGGAUUUCGAUAAAAUUGUCGAAAGACUCGGUUCAAAACACAAUGCCAGGGGUGUCGUUUUAUUCGUCGAUGAAGAUAACAUAAGGAAACUUCUACAGGCAACUGUUAGAGCUAAUCGUACAGGCCAUUUCAUGUGGAUAGGUAGCGAUUCGUGGGGUGCCAAAGUAUAUCCAGUGAGAGAUCAAGAAUUCGCGGCGGAGGGUGCAAUCACAAUUUUGCCUUAUAGAACAUCCCUUCAAGAUUUUGAUGACUAUUAUUUAAGCCUUCGACCAAGAGUGGAUAAUGAGUGCGAUGGUCAGAGUGAAAGUAAUGUACCGCAUAAGAAAUUGCCUGGAAAAAUAGUAAAUUGUCGAAAUAUUUGGUUUCGAGAAUUUUGGUCUCAGCAUCACAAAUGCAGCUUCAAUGCAAAUUUGUCUGCUGGCAUGACACCCUGUACUGGUAACGAGAAAUUAAUUGAUUAUGAGCAAGAAGGAUUGGUGCCAUUUGUCGUUGACGCAGUUUACGCAAUGGCACACGGUGUUCAUAAUUUAAUAAACGAAGAAUGUAUAAAUAAUGCUGGAACUAACCAUUAUUUGUGUGAAGAUCUUCGUCCAGCCCCAGACGGUCAACAACUUCUUCAACACAUUCGAAAUGUUAGUUUUACCGGUCGUCAAGGUACUGAAAUUAAGUUCAAAUCCGAUGGUGAUGCGUAUGGAUUUUAUAAUAUAUAUCAAUAUCAAAGAAAAGAAGAUGGGCGUUUUGAUUAUGUUCUUAUCGGUACAUGGAAAGAGGAGUUGGACCUUGAUAUUAACAUGACAAGGUGGGCAACAGGACCCGGAGAAAUGCACAUCCCUCGAAGUUUAUGCAGUGAUAAUUGCCCGCUGGGUCACGUACGCAAUUUUCAGGAAGCCUGUUGUUGGAGUUGCGUGGCAUGUCGCGAAGACGCUUACGUUUUUAAUGACACUUGUCGCAGCUGUGGUCCAGGAUAUGCUCCGGAUGAAACAGUAACAAGUUGCAUCAAACUAACAGCAGAAGUUAUUCCAUGGACUAGUCCGUGGGCAUUGGUGCCAUUAAUAUUUGCAUCCAUUGGCAUACUUAGUACUUUGUUUACUACUAUAGUUUUCAUUCGUUUCAAUCGUACUCCAGUAAUUAUGGCUUCUGGACGCGAGUUAUGUUAUGUGUUGCUAGUAGGGAUUCUAUCGUGUUACGGCAUGAGUUUCGUAAUAUUAAGCAAACCAACUACAUGGAAUUGCACAUAUCUGAGAAUCGGUCUUGGCUUGUGUUUAAGCAUCUGUUAUAGCGCGAUACUAACUAAAACGAAUCGUAUAUCACGCAUAUUCAAUCAAGGAACUAAGAGCAUAAAGAGGCCUUCUUAUACGUCUCCAAAGAGCCAAGUUGUAAUCGCUAUCGGGAUCACCGCAGUGCAAUUAGUUGGCGUUAUCGUCUGGCUAAUCAUUGAACCACCGGAUACCACGGAAAUUCAUCCGUAUCCAUUAUCAGCAGUACUCACAUGCCGCGUUUCCACGUUUUCAUUGAUGAUGUCCCUCGUCUACAAUAUGUUUCUAAUACUCAUGUGCACUUUGUACGCAUUCAAAACACGUAAGAUACCGGAGAAUUUCAACGAAGCAAAAUACAUUGGUUUUACAAUGUAUUCAACUUGCAUUGUAUGGUUAGCUUUCGUACCCAUCUACUUUGGCUCGAACAAUGACUACAAGGUGCAAAUCGCAAGCAUGUGCAUGUGCAUCAACAUCUCUGCGUCAGUAGCUCUCGGUUGUCUUUUCACUCCGAAAGUAUAUUUGGUACUUUUUCAACCAUAUAAAAAUGUUCGGCCUGGACAUGCUAAUACGGGUGGACUUCAAAGUGGUAACCGCGCAGCAUACAGCAUGCGAUUUUCUGGCGGUCGUAGUCAAACAAUGCAGAGCAUGACCUCCUGUUCUCGGAGCAGUCCACCGGCAUCACGUCCAAGCCAGGACGAGGUGAAACAUGCCAACGAGUGUCAGGCCAGAAUUCAUGAGACCACCGUGGAGAUAUACGACGAUGACGAAGAGGACCGUAAGCUCUCUACUAUCCAGGAAGUGUCAGAAUCAAGAGACAUUUCCAGUCCUUCGAUGUUCGCGGAAAAUUGCCGAAAUCGAAGUCGGAAGUCGAUUUCCAGCGAUUCCGACCAGUCGGGCGAUCCAGCACGUAAGAAUCGCAUGGGAACGAUCAGUUGCAUCUCCGACAAAGUGGAGUCUCAUAAAACCGAAGCUAACAUUUUCCCAAGCGAAGAUCAAACUUUCCACGUCUACAGCGAUUCGCCGACGUUUUCCGAUUUUUCAUCGUAAAUUACGACAUGUAAUGUCAAGGUAACGAAAAACUGUCAUUUUUUAACAUGCGAAAAAUUAUUUAACGGUGCCAAGACGUCUUUUUAGCCUCGCAUUUGUCCUCACAAGGGCAAAUUAAAUAUAAAGUGCAUACGUAUAUGUAAGUGCGAAAUUACUGUUCAAAACAUUUAGAAAAUCAAAUACCCUUUAUACAGCUUUUUAGCAGAUUUCAAUUCCAAUUUGUUCGAAAUUUCGAUUCUAAUUUAUUCGACGUUCUUCCAGUUGUUCAUUCCUUCCUUGGCUGUUUUGGCAGAAUUUCAUUAUUUCAAGUCUUGAAUUAGAGAUUCGUAUCGAGAUAUGUUCCAUCAGUGCUACAGACACGAAUUAAAAUGCAAUUUACUUAGGUGAACUACUUGAUAUUACGUUGUUCGAUGAACAAGGAUAAUAAUCUCGAUUCGUUAGUUCCUUAUACAUCUCCUAGGGAUAAAUAUUGCAAUAUUUCGUACUAUAUAUUACGAAAUUCAAUCAAAGUUGAUAUAACACGUGUACAAAAUAUUUAUACUUAUUUUAUAUGUAUACAAUGUUAAUUUACUUUACGAGGAUAAAGUCUUGAUUAAAAUUUUGAUAGAAUAUCAGUAGAAUAGAUAUACUGUACACAUUUAUUUGCAAACUAUUUUAUAGGACUAUCAAAUAUUUUAUCCUCAUACGGAUUGUUCCAGAAGUACGUAUGCGACUAAUUAACGAAUCACUAACAGAAGAGGUAUCGUAUAUGAUAAAGAAAAUCGCCACUCUUUUAGCAUUUCUUCCUUCAAGAAAAUUGGAAAGUAAAGCUGAAUGCCACGUUGAUAUCAUCCGAAAAGAUCUAAAUUUUUCAUUCCUUAAUUAUCUCCGACAAGACACCCAAACUUUAUCUAUUUUUGAACAUCUUCGGAUGUCAUGCCCGCUUAACAAAAUAAUAAAAAUACGUUCUCCGCAAUUUCUACAUAUGUAUGAAGCUAAAUCAGCCGUGUAAAGUUAAUUUACUUUUCUGAAAUCUGUUGCUGGGUAAAGAAUAUUUGGAGCACCCUCUUCGCAGAAGUCGCGAAUCUAUUAACACAUAUCCACCAUUCGCCUAAGUGGCUUACAAACGUUUGUGAACCACUUAAGCGGUUGGCGCAGACACGUGACGCACACGAAUGCUGAUGCUUGCUGAAGCCAGGGUUUCAAUAGCUAUGCACAAACGUUCACGAGCACUUGGAGCCCUUGCCAUGUAAGCAAUUGUUGAUCCGUGUACGAAAAACGAUAGCCUCUCGUCUUCAUUGAACGCGCGCAAACAACGAAUUUCAUUCCAAGUACCGACAACACUUUUUAACAACACUCGUGAACUGUGAAUACGAAACGAAUUGCUACGUACUUCUAGUUGAUCUAUAUAGAAAAAUCAAAACAGGAACAAUUUCUUUCCGCUUACUAUAAUUAAUUCAAUGAGCAAAAAUACAAAGAUUUUGUUGCUGUCGUGUUAUUAAUCGUAAAUAAAUCUUUCACUUAAACGAAAAUAAUUUAACAAUACAAUGUAUUCUUUUGCAUCCGUUUGUCACAUAACAUCUAAAUGUGAUAAUCAUAAAUCAGAAUAUGAUUUAGAGGAUAUUGUUAAUUCUUGAAAUAAAUUUUAUAUAAUUAUCUACAUUAUAGAUAUCUAUAAAAAUUGUCUCCUACGGAUGUUCCAUUUAUCAUUAUGUUUUACAUUGAAUAUUUUACUUAUACAACUUUUUACGCUGUUAAUAAAUGUUCGUUAAGUUGUUAGUUCUUAAUGAGACAUCAAUAUCUGAUCUAUCUGACUAUGCCAGAGUUCUUAAAUAAAUAUUACGAUAGAUAGUACAAUAAAAAUAAUAUUGGAAAUGAAAUGUCCAAUACGGUAAAUAAAUGUGUACUUUUACAAAUAUAUAUAACUGCCGACGAUUAAAAAGUCAAAUAGCUAUAAAGGACAAAAAUUAGACAUAUGUAGAUCGUGUGCGUGUGUAAAUGUGUACGUGAAAAAUAAAUGCGCGUGAAUUUUUGACUAAAUAUGUGCCAACAACGCUGAGAAAUUACGUGAACAAAUAGGAUAUACUGUAUUAUAAAAUGACUUUUAAACGAGAAGCGUUUUAAACAAAUUAGACGCCACGUAUCCUCACUUGAAUAUUUCUAUUAAAUAUAUAUAUAUAUAUAUAUUAAUAUAUAUUAAUUGCAUUGUUAGUACUAAAUUACAUAGAUGUUUAUUUAUAGAUAUAUCGUAUGUUAUUACGUCAACGUUGUACAAAAAUUAGACACGUAUUUUUGUUAAUUUUGCGUACUGUAAAUUUUUCCAGAAUGUUAUCUGAAAAAAUUAGAUCACGCGUUAAAAGUUUAAAAGACAUUUUAAUAUGAUAAUGCGGGCGUAAUGAAAUAAUCUUUUAAAAAAUUAUUAAUUACUCUCGUGGUAUCUUGAAGAUGUCUGAUUAUGUGCUUAUUACAAAAAUAUCUCUGAAGACUAUGUGAGAGAUGAAACGGUUAAACAUCUUUGGUUGACUUAGAUUACUAAUUUCAAUAAUUAUUAAUGAUUAGUGAAAAAUUACCAGAAAGACGAAAACUAUGAAUGAACGAAGGAAAUUAUGUUUUAUCUUGAUAAAAUAGAUCGAAUACUAUUAUUAUAAUAGUAAGAAAUUUCCUAGUGGAAAUCUAUUUUGUGUCAUUAAAUUAAAUUGUUAAAUAGGAAGGGGUUCUUUUAAUUUUUUGCAAUUUAAUUUUUUAAACGAAAUCAAACGAGAUGAGAGAACAAUCAACAAUCAAAGAUGUUUACUUCGAAUUUAUGUAUAGCGAUUAAGUGGAAAAUUGAUUGUCGCAGAAGCGUAGACAACGAAAAAUAUAGAGCCCAAAACGUUUUGUCGUAAAGGUAAUAUUCAUAAAAGCUACAAGCAACAAUUGUAAGACUUAAAAAAAGUUACAUAAUUCUAACGGUUAUGAGAAUCAAAUAUUAUUCUGAACCUUGUUCAAGGUUUAUCGAUAGAGAAAGAAUUUAUCCACUUCUCAGUGUGCUUUGGAAUUUAUUACAGUUGUUAUAGCGAUUAAAAUAUACAUGUAUUAUAAUAAUUAGAUAACUGAAAUUCGAGUACAUCUGAUUACUCUCUUCUAAUAAUGAAUGCAAUGGUGACCUGAUAGGUAGUUUCGUACAGAUAACAAAGGUCAAUUUAUUCUUACUUUUACGUUCUAGACACUAAUUAAUAACCAUGCGUAUAAUGAUUCACACGCGACAUGUUAUGUAGUUUUUAAGACAAAAUUCUGAUAUCUGAAUACAACUUGUUGUAUGUUUGUAUGUUUAGAGUGAAUAUAUAACAUAUAUAGUAUAUAUGAAAGAAGAAUAUACAAGGAAAUAAUGAAAUACAAAUUAAUAAGUGGACUAGUGAGUUAUAAUAAGGUUUCUCAUUUUUCAAAUACAAUUUUAUAUUCUGAUGCCAACCGAGAUAAAUGUAACCUCAAUUAUACAUUUGUAAAAUAAAAAAAACACUUCAUAGUCAGCCAAUAAAUAAUGUAAAAACGA